UUUUUCUUUCUUUACCGUAGCAUUUCUGAGACAAAAUCAGAGGUCCGAAACAAAGGGGAAUUGGGGGCUUUAAAGCAGCAAGAGGCACAAGAGGGAAGAAAACUACCUCAAGAGAUUGGGAUUAACCAAAGCGGUGGUGGCAGUUGACGAAGAAGGAUAGCGAUGUCGGACUACCUCCCGGACGAUGUGGUGAUCGAUAUCCUCCAGAGGCUCCCCGUGAAAUCCCUAAUCCGAUUCAGGUGCGUUUGCAGAUCAUGGAACUCUCUCAUCAAAACCUCUGCGUUUAUCGAUUCCCAUCUCGAUCAAUCGAUUGAAAGCAACGACCCACUCGUAAUCGUCAGGUACUGCUCUUCUAAACCCAACGUAGAGCACUACAAAUUGUUGCACGAUAAUGAUGCAUUUGUGGAGUGUAAGGAAUUGGAGUUCCCAAUAGAAAGCUGUCGUCUUAACCAUUUUAGGUUAAUUGGUUCUGAAAACGGUUUGGUCUGCUUUUUAGAACAAGAGCGCUUCAUUCUUUGGAACCCGUCUAUUAGGAAGUUUGUGAAUCUUCCAAAACCUUGCAUUACGCUCAAGACGCACGGCCGCGUAACGUGUAACCAAGCUUUCGGAUUUGACCCCCGGACUAACGAUUAUAAGGUGGUGAGAAUUGCAUUUCCCCAUGUAUUCAAUGAGGUACUGAAGGAAACUUUGGUUGAGGUAUACUCUGUUAGGACAGGCUCCUGGAGAAUAACCGGUGCCUCUUUUCCGCAUUCGGAUACUCAUAAGCAUUGGUUCAAACCCAAAGCUUGCUUAAAUGGCUGUGUCCAUUUUACAGCACUUGCUGGGCAGAAUAGGACUACUAGAAUUGUAUUGGCGUUUGAUCUGCGUGAUGAGGUGUUUCACGAGAUGGUCUUGCCAGAUGGUAUGGUCGGCUCAGACGCUGAGAUCGUUACUUGUGUUUUUAAGGGAUCACUUGCUUUGUUAUGUUAUGAUCGUUGGAAGCGUUGUUUGAUAUGGGUGAUGAAGCAGUAUGGCGUGGUUGAUUCUUGGGUGAAACAGUUCACUAUUGAUAUAGCUGGAGGAGUUGAGAAUGUGCUUGGUUUCAGGAAGAAUGGUCAAAUAAUAUUGGAGACCCGAAAGAUUGGUUAUUGGGAGCUCUCUUCGUAUAACCCUGAGAGCCAACGAGCUAUGAAAUUGGGAAUAUAUGGGAGGGCACACUAUUUUUGUGUUGAUACUUAUAGGGAGAACCUUGUCUUACUCAACCAAGCAAACGAUGCAGUUUCCAGAAGCAGAGUGACCAAGAAGAGGAAAAAUAGGGCGAGUGAGCUCAGUGGCAAGAUGGAGGAGAUUCGAAGAAAGAUUAAACUGUUGAAGGAAAAAGUGGAAUAUAAAGUAAGACAGUUUCAAAUGGAAAUGGACUCAUCCCAAACACAGUUGGGGGAAAACAUGGUAUAUGAAGUCAGAGAGCUUCAGGCAGAACUCACAGCAUUAGAACAAGAAUUCCAAGAAGUCCAAGAGUUCCAAGAGCAGAUCCAUCGUCGUAGGAAAUAGUUCCACCAUCGUAGGAACAAAGAUAUACUUGUUUCUAAACAUUUUACAUUUUAGAUGAAUCUGUAUCUUAUAAAAAUUGAACAAUGUGCACAUCAAAUAUAAUGAAAACAAUUUCUUAUAAUGA